UUCUGCACUUAAUCUAGAGUUUAUUUUCUUGCUCUUUUACUAUUGUGUUUAUUAAUUUCUUGCACUAGGAGUAGUUUUAACGCAAUUGUUCGGUUACCAAUCACUAUUUGCGACUCGUCCAUUGAACAACCCAAAAGUCCUUGAUCCAAAGGCAUCGAACCCUAAGCCGAGAUUGUUCCUUCCUCGGCUUUCAGUCGCUCGACGAAGUCAGAACACGCGCACUACAUCUUCUACAUCUACAAUUGCACACUUGGCCUUCUGGCCGUGUGCUGGCAUGCCCCGCAAUCUACUCACCAGGAAGGACAUUUGUUCCUUGAUCCCUCGGCUGUAUAGACCGAGGUGAUUUGCAGAGGCAACACAUGUUUAAAGUUUAUGUUGUGUUAUUUACAUAUAGUUACUUGAAUAUGUACCUUUUGCCAUCGUAUUUUUAUGUUUUACCGUGGUGGGGUUGAUUGAAGACGACUUUUUACCAAGCUUAAUUGAGCGUUGUAGUAUAAGGGUAUGCAAACCUCUUAUGUUCUUGAUGCUUGAACAGAUGCAUUAUGACAAUGCGUAUGGAUCUUUACUUUGAUUUCGGGAAUCAUACAGAAAAGGAUUCGUGGAUUCUGGAGAAACAGCUAGAUCUUAUAUCAAACCGGACCAUCUUGUGGACAAAUUUUGGACUGCGUUCUCUUGCAAGAACAAGCUCCAUCUAUAUGAAACAUAACACAGAGUCUGAAGCUCCUGAGUGGAGGGGUCCAAUAAUGAUGAACAUGAAUUACAUGAUUCUUUCAUCACUCUAUCGUUACUCCACAGAGGACGGGCCAUAUAGAGAAAAGGCAAGAACCAUCUAUGAUGACUUGAGAGGCAAUUUGAUUAGAAAUGUGGUUCGGAAUUACCAAAAAACUGGGUUCUUCUGGCAACGGUUUGAUCAGAGAAAUGGCAAGGGUAAAGGAGCACGCGUAUUUACUGGUUGGACUUCUCUUAUCUUGUUAAUCAUGGCAGAAGCUUACCCAUAGCUAGAGCCAGAGCACAAAAUAUAUGGCAAACUGUAAUUAAGGAGAAACAUAAGGGCAAAAGCGUCACUCCAUUUCAAGCCCUUAUGCACAGUGGGUUCAACUUUAGAUGUACUAGAAAGAGCACCCGCGCUUUGCUGCGGGUACGAGAUGAAUUUGUGGAAGUCCAAGUGAAACGGAAUGUAUGAGAAAAAGCAUUGGUUACAUGUUGAAGCAUUGCCCUUCUGUUAUGCUGGACAGAUGUAUUUGCAGCUUUAUUUGUUUUGUUCCUAUGCAUAGAGAUGUAUGAGAAUGCCGAUUUUCCGCAGAAUGAGUAAAAGAAAGUGUUAGCUGAUGUUUGUUUGCAAUAUAACCAUUAGAAAAAUAUUUGUCGCGUAUACCAUACUUACAUUGAUAGAUUUCGCUUUUUUUUUUUUUU